GGGGACGCACAGGCGACUAUAUAACACCGAGCAUGUUCACUUGUUGAUAGUAGUGAACAUAUCCCCUAGUGCUACAAGAGCUUCUCCUCGACUCUGGGAAGGAUCUUGUCUUAAGAAGCUUUAUUGCGAAAUAAGAAGCAACAGGCGCCGAGAUGAAAGUGCUGAUUGUCCUGUCGGUGUGCGUGGCUUUGGCCUGCGCUGCGUCGCCUUCUCGCUCUGCGCCCGAAUCCCAAGUCGAAGCCAAAGAUCGCACGAAAAGGGACCAUCCAGUAGACAGCUACGCGGCCCCUCCCCCCCAAGGACACGGCGAUGGCGGAGUCUACUAUUAUUAUUACCCAACUGAAAUGAUGCCGAAGGAAAUGGAGGAGGAAGACGACAAAAAGAAGGACAAGUGUGCUGUGGAAAAGCUGUUGCCUCCCAUCAUCUUGAUCACGAUUUUCCUGGGUAUCAUCGCCGGCGCCAUCGUGGGUCUCUUUCCGUCCCUGACCUUCCCGACCGUCCAGCAACUCAUCCCAGCGCUGGCUCAGCUUGGCAACGGAAGAGCAAUGGAUGAUAUGACAACGAUGAUAACCCAAGCUGUAGAAAAUGAGGACUGCUUGCCUCGUCUCAUCUGUGAAUCUGGAAAAUUCGCUGACGGAUACACAACUAUUAUCAGCUUGUUCGAAUUCUUCACUCCUCGCGGCUUCGAGAGCAAGAUGAAGAUCUUCAAGGACUCCGCCCUCAAGAAGACUGACUGCAAGGCCUACAGAUGCUCCUACGUCGACGGAAAGCCCAAAUAAGAUGCCUCUCUAGCGGCCGAUUUCCCUCUUAUUCUCUGAGCCUUUUCCCAAAAACGUAAACACUCUGCACAAAAUUUUAGGUUAUCUUUUAUUGUCUUUCUUUACAUUACUUGCUAAGCUAUGAUCCUGAUUUUUCAUUCUACUGCUCUCUCUCUUGCUUCCUUUCUCCUUCUCUCUCUCUUGCUUCCUUUCUCCUUCUCUCUCUUUCUUUCUUUCUCUCUCUCUCUCUCUCUCUCUCUCUCUCUCUCUCUCUCUCUCUCUCUCUCUCUCUCUCUCUCUCUCUCUCUCUCUCUCUCUCUCUCUCUCUCUCUCUCUCUCUCUCUCUCUCUCUCUCUCUCUCUCUCUCUCUCUCUCUCCUUUGUCCUCUUUUUUUCUUUCAAAGUUUAUCAAUCAGAAAAUUCUGCCACCUCUUCCACUGCAAAACCAAUCAAAUGCAAUAUUUUGGGAAAUUGAACAUUUUCCUUUCUUCUUCAUCUAAAAGAUUAAUAUACACACUGCCAGAGUAUAAUAGAAUAUAUUUCUUUCUGUUUUCCCAGUAUCUCAGUGAGAAGAAAAUUCGUGCUGGUUCAUGAAUUCUCAAAGUUUACCUUCAGAACUUUCUACCAAAGCCCUGUUUCUAACUAUGUUUUUUUUUUUGUUUGUUUGUUGUUUUGAUGUUUUGUUGAUGUUUUUAUUUAUUACGUAUUUAUUAAUCUCUGACAUAUCACAGAUGAACUUGAUAGACUCAGGUAUACCAUUAAGAUGCAUCUUGACCGACAUUACUUUUAUAACGACAAAAACAUGACUGAAAAACAGACUCGAGACUGAACAAAUGACUUACGAUUUUUUGUUUAUUAUUUACUGAUAACUGACGUAAACUCUAUAAACCAAAGUUAGCGAAAUCCUCAUUCAUUAUCCAUAUCAUUGAGAAUAUAUUUUGUAUAUAUCAUUUAGAAGGCAUAACAACUUCAUUUUUUAAACCAAUUUUUUUUUCAAAAGUUCCGUAAAAUUUGAGUCAUUCUUUCUCAAUAGCGUCAUAAAUGAAUUGUACAGUCAUUCAGUUUUCAAUAUUGCCAUAAACAAAAUGUAUAUUUCACAUUGCCGUAAAAUCAUGCCAGAUUUAAAAAAUAUAUUUUUGGUCUAUAAGAUUUGACUACAUUAACUUGACAAGACUGACGAAAAACUGAUAUUUAAUAUAUUUUGUUAACACCCAUUUCCAUUGUUUUGUUUACUGCAUGUGCCAUAAUAAAUUAGGGGAUACAUUAUCAGCAAUA